CACUUAAGAGCCCGUUCCCCGUACACGCACCUCGCUCGCUGCAGCAAGCAAAUUUUUAGUGUGGCCGGCGUCGCGCAAAUCCGCUCUUCCCGCGCCAUUCAUUCCCAGUCCCCUUCAUCACGAGCCUGGGUCCCCCGUCUCUCGUUUUGGUCAUUCACUCACUCACUGUAGUAUUUGCACCAGCAACUGGCACGCACUGCUACUACGCCUCUUCUUUCAUCCUUCGUUUUCCUUCUCGUCUCACCCAAACUAACACAAUACGAGUCGAGUAGUUAUUCACUAGAAUACUGCUUGGUCCUGCUCCUACUGUUUUCUAACACUCGUUACUGUCUCCCUUUUUUCUUCUUCCUCAAUUCUUUUUCCUUUUUUGUCCUUUGCUUUACGCGCAUUCGCUGUUUGCUGCCGCGCGUGCCUUUCGUACUCCUUAUCCACAUCGCACAAGCCGAGACAAUCCAGCGACAUUUUGCUCGACUUGACGACCGCUUGCGCCCUCUCCCCUAUCAGACACGAGACACUAGAGACCUCUUUUUAUCUGAGACGGUCGCUGCUUUUCCUCAUUGGAUUUGUCUUUCCUUGUGCCGAACCCUCCUGGGUACUCCGUCUCCUUACCCGCCGUCACCCAGCACCUCAUAUCGACAGCUUGGUUGAAUUGACGACAACACCGACCGUUCAAGAUGCAGCUUCGACGAUUCUUGCUUCUGGGUAUGCUCCUCGGAGCCGAGGCCACUCAACUCGUUGCUCGUCAAAAUACCAACUCCGACUCUGCUGCCGCUCCCUCAACCGAUUCCUCUCCCGCGAGUACUGCUGAAGCCGAUCCCACGAGCGACGACUCUGCUGCCACUACUGCAGCAGAACCUACUACCGCCGCCCAACCUACCGACGAUUCUAGCACCGCUGACGGAUCUACUACUGAUGGAUCUUCUGAUGGAGGCUCAACCACAGCUGAGGAUGUCACCGUUACCAAGACGGUGACUGUCACUGAUGCCAAUGCCAAGACCGUGAGCCGUCAGACUACUGUCAUGAAGACAAUUACAUCCACUGUCGUCGUUACGUCGACUGCGUUCGAUACCAAGACUGUUACUAGCAGCGACGCUGAGACCGCAACGACUACGACCUACGUUACCUCGACAAAGUGGGCUAACGAGAAGCGUGCCCUUGAUUUGGCUCCUCGAACCAUCGGCGGUGUUGAACUCGUUGCUCCUGCUUUGCCUACCUAUACUACUACCACCAGUGCUCCUCCUCACUUCAACGCUCAAAUCGAAGGUGAACACUACGGUCUCCGAGCCUUCCGACGAGGUCUUCACAAGCGUGCCACGACCACCACUACCGUUACUGUGACGGACGGCGGCGGCGACUCCGAUACCACUGUCUUCAACACUAUUUCCCGAACCGUUAUUUCCACCGUCAGCAGCCAGACCAAGAUUACCAAGACCAUCACCGAGACCGAGCAGGCAGGUGCUAGUACCACCGUCACUGUCACCAGCACCCUUGUUGUUACAUCUACUAGAGUGACCACUGGUGUUGUCCGCACAGCGACUGUUGCUCCUUCUGGAGAGUAUGGUCCUUCCGGUACUGGCGGUGCCAGCUCUGAUAACAACAGCAGCAGCAACAGCAACGAUGGAGGCCUCUCUACAGGUGCCAAGGCUGGAAUUGGUGCUGGUGUUGGUGUUGCUGGCCUUGCCAUCAUUGCUGGUCUCCUUUGGUUCUGUCUUCGCAAGCGCCGCAAUGCUAAGAACAAGGCCGAGUAUGACGAUGUCUUUGGCGCCUCCGAGGUUCCUGUUGGUGGCCGUGGUGGUGGCGGCGCUGCUGCUGCUGCCGGUACCAGCCCCCACAUGUCCCAAUCAACCGCCGCCGCCUCUACUCUGGCUCCCAGUCGCAACACCACCAAGUCUGAGGGCUACCGUGGUACUGCUCUUGGCGAUGGACGUGCCGGUUUCGCCAAGCCCCAGCAGUUCGGUCGCAGCUACAUGCCCGUUAGCCCCGAGACCAACUACUCCCGCACUGCUGGUAGCGACCAGGCCUAUUCAGCUACUACUCCCGAGAACAACUACGCACACCCUGUGGGCGGCUCUCCCAACCACAACGCUGCUGAGAUGUAUAGCCCUGCCAAUACAGCUGAGCUGGCCAGUGACAGCGCUGCUACCAAGUGGCAUCAAAACGAUGCUGCCGAGAUCGAUGGCAACCAGGUUUCAAGCGCUCGUGGAACAGCACCUCCUGAGAACGUUUACGAGAUGCCCGCACAACCCUACAGGUAAACGAUGAGGUUGCCAGAUGACCAGUACAGUGGCCACUGGUAAUGGAAUGGAUGGAUGAGGAAAACUUCAAGAUUCGAUGAGACUCCCCCUUGUAGCUAGAGGGAGGGGAAAUAAUUAAUGUCAGAUACUGUACAUAUUGUAAACCCUUACUUUUUUUCCUUGCGUAUGACGAGAUCACACCGGUAAAGCGAACAAGAGCGGGAGAUGAUGUCUCCCAUUGCAUGACUUGUAUAUCUUCCAUUGCUACCAUUUUGGGUUCAACAGAGUUGUGGAUGAUUUGAGGUGUUGAGGUGGAUUAGAUACGUGGAUGCAAUAAAAAGAAUUAAAAUCUGACAGCCUGAAGAUGUUAGUUACUGUGUGAAUAGAUCUAUGUUUUCAGAUCUCGAACUUCAACCACUCUCUGUCCAGUGGAGGUG